ACUACAAUGAGGUCCGACAAUAUUGGAAUCCCAACAAUUGCAGGAACAUCGGUUUGGUAACAUGUGUUAUACACGUGUAAAUUAGCCGACAAUUGGUUCAAAUAAACCAGAAUUUUUUUGUUUUCUUUCCUUCCAUUUCACCAACAACUUAUACAUAUACCCGUCGUUCGGUCAACAGGACAGACGACUUUUCCCCCUUCUUGACAUGUUCUCUCACCAGUCUUCCGAUUCGGAAGGUUUCACGGCUCUGCGCCGACAUGAAGAGUACUACCUCACCGGUGGUGAUCUCUUCUUCCUGAUUGAACAGAAUCAUUUCCGAGUACAUAGAUAUUUUUUUGAACGAGAAAGCCAGUUUUUCAAACGAGAGCUAGCGACACCUGCUUCACCUGGGGCAACUCGACAAGGAACGUCCGAGUCGACAGCCAUCGUGUUGGACAGCAGUGUCAAGGCAUCAAGUUUUGCCAAGUUUUUAUGGGUCUUUUACAACCCUAAAUAUUCAUUGUACAAAGCACGGGUGGAGGAUUGGGUUGCGAUCAUGGAACUAGCUCACAGGUGGGGGUUCCACGAGGUUAUGAAGCUGGCAACAAGAGAGAUAGAGAAGCUAGAGAUGCCGGAUAUCGAUCGUAUCGUGGCAUACCACAAGUUCGAGCUUGACCGCAGCCUUCUUCUUCAUCGAUACGCAGCAUUGACAGCCAGAGAAGAGCCUCUAAAUCUAGAAGAGGGUAUGGCUUUGGGAAUGGACACCACGUUGAAGAUUUUCCGAGCUCGAGAAGUCGCACGAGCUACUCCUGCUGCCGACGGUAGUCGCAGUCCCACCUCUGCCACGUUACCAGAUGACGAGAUGCAGAGUCUGAUUGUUGAUCUCUUCGAAAUCCCCGACCGCCCCCGUCAAGAAAACGCAGGAGACUCCCUCAGCCGUACCCAUUGCCCCAGAAGAACCACCUGCGCCACCUGCGCCCCCGGCUAA